CUGUCAACGAUAGGGUAACUAAUGUCUAUUUCCAAAAAGGGCUCAGGCAGGUACAUUCUUUGGACAGCGAAACAUAAGGCGGUCGCUAAGAAGUUAAUUGUUGCUACACCUCCAAAACCGUUUUAUAACAUCAAAGGAAAUGUAGCCUCAAAGAUCAAAUCAGCACCACAGUUUCAAUCCAUUCAAUCCAUCCCAGCUUUUAAAGGUGCAGGCCUUUAUGAACAUCCUUGGUGGGAGAAGGUAAAAGUAGGCAGUACAAACUUCAAAGCAGGUCAGAAAUUUAUCUCUCAAAGUAACUGUAUUGGAAUGUCUAUGGCGCACAGGGGACAUGGAGCCAAUGGUGCCAUGCAUACCAUGUACAAUGAUGGUGCUUGUGCAGAAAGAUGGAAGGAUAUCGCCUUACUGACAAGAAACUACAUUGACGAAGAAGUCCACAGAGCAYUUGARGSAAAAUUUGAGAUGAAAAUACCGAAACCGAUCAAAACAGAAUACCAGUAUUGGGAUUCGGCAUGGCACUUCCAAAAGCCAGAUACACCUUUCUCAAUGGUGGAUAUUGGUGACUGGGCAAAACGACCAUUUAAAGAUGAGGACAUCUUUAUCGUUGUUGGAGCUUAUGACCCGAUGAGAGGCUGGUGCCAAGCUUCUUUAGUGUCCUGUCGCAAGGCGCUCUAUGAGGGCUGGGGGGAUUGAGAGAAAUGCCAUACACCAUGCUUAUAAAGAGGAAAAGAGAUCUUUUACUCUUUCGCAAAACCUUGACUCAGCAGCGUGUCCAUAAAUGAUCAAACAAAAAAUGAGUGUCAACAUAUUCACAUGAUGUAGUCAUGUUCAGUUAGUGGGUAUCACGUGAUGUAUUCAUGUUCAGUUAGUGAGUAUCACGUGAUGUAUUCAUGUUCAGUUAGUGGGUAUCACGUGAUGUAUUCAUGUUCAGUUAGUGGGUAUCACGUGAUGUAUUCAUGUUCAGU